AUUACCAGCUUGUGGAACUUCUACAGCAGGCUUCCAAAGAUAAGCAGCUGAAAAAAGGGACCAAUGAACCCACUAAGACGCUGAAUCGAGGACAGGCAGAAUUCAUUGUUCGAACAGCAGAGGCCGAGCCAGUUGAAAUUCUCUUGCACCUGCCCUUGUUAUGCGGGGACAAAAACGUACCGUAUUUUUUAGUACGAUCAAAACAAGCUUUGGGAAGAGCUUGUGGUGUGUCACGUCCUAUAAUCGCCUGCUCUGUCAUACAGAAGAAUUAA